ACCCACCAAGUGCGCACUAUAUUUGUAAGUGGAUUACCCUUGGACGCCAAACCUCGUGAACUGUAUCUUCUAUUUCGAGGUUUCAAGGUAAGUUCCAUACCUGUUCAAACGAUUUCCGUUUUAAAUGACAUACCCUUUAUCCGGCAAACAAACACUAUACAAUCGUUGUAUAUGUAUUCAGCGAAUCAUCAUCGAAAAGGAAUCGAUUAUGGGUUAGUACACAGAACGGGUUCAUAUCUUCCUCCCUGUAUUACGCCGUUUUGCGCCAAAUCACUCCACCCCCACGGCCUGGGUGCAGUCGUCUAUCAAGUCACAACACCUCAGUUGUUGAUGUUGUAUGUUGUUAUAAGCCAAUGA